CCCAGCCCACCGAUAAAAUACAAAAGCGAUUUCCAAGAGAGAGGAAAGAACGAAAGAAAAACAAUAAUAAAGAAAUAUAUAAAGCUGAAGCUCAAUCCAAUUCCAAACCCUAGCCUUCGUCUUCCUUCCUCCUCGAUUCGAUUCGAUUUGAUUCGUGAUGUCGCUCUGCCGCGCUGUGGUGAUGCAGUCGCGGGGGCUUCUUCUCCGCACCCGCCGUCGGACCUUCUCCACCACCGGCGCCACGGAUCAAGAGCAGGUCAGAAGGACCAACAUCGUCAGAGAAAUUGAUGAAUUGAAGGCGAAGGUGAAGAGGGAAAUGAUUGAAGAUGUCGAGAAGGUAAAAAGGGUGGAGAAUGAAGAUAGAAAUGUGCUCAGCCGGUUGUUGACUUUCUGCGGGAUGCCCAGGGGUGUAUUUCGAGAUAAUCUAGUGUUUGGAUGUAACGUAGUUGCGGUGUUUGUUGCAUCCGGUGUAGUUGGGGCAUGCAGUGCUGGCUGGAGAGAUGCGCGGCGUAAGCGUGCAAAGUUUGGUACUAAUGCUUGAAGUUUAAUUAGCUGUAAUGUUAGAUGGAGGAGGGCCUGUGUAACACCCUGAAAAUUCCUGAUAAUAAAAAUCACUAAAAUUUCGAACUUUUUAAA